AUCAGUCGCUAUAUCAGUCGCUAUAUCAUCAUCUUAUACCUUUUGGUUUGUCAGCUACGGUGUUUGGUCGGGGGGAGGGAUCAUUAUUUAGGGGAUGGCAGGCCUGGCAGGGUACGCCUUUUUUGGUUAUUUUUCUUCGAUUUAUAUGAGCCUUUUUAUGCCCCUUUUUUAUGCAGGGAUGAGCCAGGAUUGUCUGAUUUCUGCUUUCCCCAUCAAGAUUUGGACGAAAAAUACAAGAGAUGAGAAUCAUCGCAGGAGCAAACCCCCAAUUCCGUUCUUAUUGUUUUCUUCUUUCCAUUGCGCAGAUAGAAAUACAAGCAAAGUGAAGAGGGUAUAUCAAGCCAGAAGCAAUAAGAAGAGCCGAAUAUAGACAACUGGCCCCAAAGUAAUAAACAAGGCCUGUUAGACCCCGACCCAAC